CGUGGCUCCACCCUUCCCACCUCCGAGCCAUGGGGAGCCAGGGGCCCGGAGGGCUGUCCCUGGUACAGGCCCCCUACACAGUUCUGCUGCUGCCAUUAGGGACAAGCCGCCAAGACCCAGGGGCCCGGAGCUUCUUCCUCUGGCUGCAGAAGAUGCAGGCUCUGGAGAGGGAGCAGGACGCCCUGUGGCAGGGGCUGGAGCUGCUGGAGCACGGCCAGGCCUGGUUUGAGGGCCGUCUGAGGGAGGCACAGCAACAACAGCUGCAUCUGGGGGCUCUUGGUGAGAAUUUUUUAUCAGAUUUACACUCAGAGCCUGGUGGCCCCCAGUUAGCCCAGAUUCAAAAUAUGAACAUCUGUUUGCAGAAUCUGAUUCAGGAGAAGUUCUCCCCACAUCCCUCGAAUCAGGCUAGUUCCUGUGCCACCCAGGACUGGAAGGGAAGGCCAAGGAAGCAGACAGCAUGGCAGCAGCAGUUGUCAAGGCAGCAGAAAGGAGGCACUCAGCCCAAAGGGGAGACUGCUCAGCUGGGCUGCCCCAAUAUGCGGAGGGGCCCCACCCGUGUGUGAAGCCUCCUCUCGAUUUCCUCAGUUGGUGACAGGAGAGGCUGAGUCAGAACUCCCAGUCUCCUU